GCCGAUAGGGUUUCCUCAUGUCAUUUCCGUUCCUAGGAACGAUGACAGCAAGUAGGGGGGUUUGGAGUCUGACUAAGAAGAACCACCAUGUCCUGAUUUUGCAGUUUUGUCUUUUAUACUUGGCUUUACCUUUCCUUUUGGCCAAUAUUAUAGACUCCAUUGAAAGACUGACUUAUAGUUGCUGGACAUCCCCGAGCGAGUGAGCCAAACUGGGGAGAGAAGAGCAAUGAAGAGCAUUAAGACACACACACACAAAUACUUGGCUUGAUGCUUAGUGCGGGGUGUGGUAAGAAUUCGAGGAGUUGCUGUGAGUGGCUUGAGCAUUUGGUCUUCGAUGUCUCUGGAGACUCUGGAGCAUUCCCGCCGGGCUCCUUUGGUGGAAUGCGUCAGGUGGAGGAAAAGCUUGGAAAGAGGUAUCUUCAUACCGCUCCGGCCAAAGCUCUGGAGAAGGCGGAGAAGUCUUUCAGUGAAGCUGCCAAGGAGCUAUUAAGACCCGAUAGCGAGUGGAGCUAUGAGCCUGCGCAGAAGGACUUUAGCAACGAUUUUGCACAAGCUCUGAGGCAUCAAGUGAGCCUUUCACACGAGCGCAUGAGAACCGCACAGACGCAGCGUGCCACUGCAGACGUCAUCGGGAAGAUCCAAAAACAGCUGGACUCCUUUGCAGACAAGCUGAGGGGAACCACAAGUGGCCCGUGGUCGCUUUGGACGUCGUAUAGACUUCCUGGCACUCCGAUACAGGUGUCUGGACGCUCCUUGGGCACUCAUAAACAAGAACAUUGAAGAAGAUUGAAGGUACGUGUAGCUCAGGAAUUGCAUCGCUGUCCUUUCAAUCUCUCUCAAUAAGAAUGAGUCUUCCCAGGUUAUCAAGACGGUCGCACAAACGUGAUGUUUGACUUAGUGCCCAACAAGGACCCUGCCAACGCAGAAGCUGGCUUUGUCGACGGCCUCACCCCACAAAACCUGGGCCUAUCCCUCAAUGUGGGAAUCUAAAAUCAAAGGAAAGAAAUCGAUA